AUGUCCUACUCCAGUGAGCCGUGCGGCGUGAGCUGCCCGCAGCCCGUGGUGCUGAGCUCCAACGAGCCGUGUGUGCAGCAGUGCCCCGAGUCGAGAGCCCUGAUCGUGCCCCCGCCCGUGGUGGUGACCAUCCCGGGGCCCGUGCUCAGCACCUGCCCCCAGGAGAGCGUCGUGGGAUCCUCCGGGGGCAACUUUGGGCUGGGGGGUUCUGGGGGUUCGCUGGCCUUGGGGGGCUCCUCUGGUUAUGGGGGCAACUUUGGGUCUGGAGGUUAUGGGGGCUCCCCGAGCUAUGGGGGCUUCUUUGGGUCUGGAGGUUAUGGGGGCUCCCCGAGCUAUGGGGGCUUCUUUGGGUCUGGAGGUUAUGGGGGCUCCCAGAGCUAUGGAGGUUUCUCAGGCUAUGGGGGCUCCCAGGGGUUUGAGGGCUCCCAGGGCUAUGGGGGCUCCCUCGGAUAUGGGGGCUCCCGGGGCUAUGGGAGCUCCUUUGGGCUGGGAAACUUUGGGGGCUAUGGGGGCUCCCUUGGGGGCUAUGGGAGCUCCCUUGGGGGCUAUGGGGGUUCCCUUGGGGGCUAUGGGGGUUCCCUUGGGGGCUAUGGGGGCUCCUUUGGGGGCUAUGGGGGCUCCUUUGGCAAUUGCGGGCGCUCCUACAGCUCUGCGCUCUCCUCGCGGGGCCUGGGCUAUUUCCUGCCCGGCUCCCAGAGAUGGGGCAGGUCCCGCCGUGGGAGUUUUGGGGUUUACUAA